CGUACGGCGGCGUCGCAGCCUUGUUUACUUCUGAAGCCGCCGCAGCUCCUCGGGUUUGGGUUUUCUUCUUUCCCUUUAAUAUAAACGCGGACAUGUCGACUGCUAUGAAUUUCAGCACGAAGAGUUUUAAACCUCGGGCUCCGGAUAAAGGCUCCUUCCCUCUGGAUCAUUUCGGAGAGUGUAAGGCCUUCAAGGAGAAGUUCAUGGAGUGCCUGAGGGAAAACACCUUCGACAACUCAAAGUGCCGGCUGCAGUCCAAAGACUAUCUGCAAUGCAGGAUGGAUCAUCAGCUCAUGGCCCGGGAGCCUCUGCAGAAACUGGGAUUCAAGGACUUGAUGGAUCCUCCUCCCAGCCAAGAGGGAUCCAAACCCUGACCCGCCGUCGCUUCCACCUGGAGUCUUUGUGGACUCAAUCGAACUUCAUGUUGGGGCGCCCUCCAGAAUCACACGUGUGGUAGAGAGGCUGCAGUGCGAAGGAGCGAAGGAGGGCUUACGGACUGGGAUCGGAGGCCGUGGAAGCGGACGUUGGUUUGAGAUAUGCGACUGCAGAUUGUAAAAUAAUGUGCUACAUAAACAGAAAGUGCUUAAUAUAAAGAGCUGAUGUUUUGUUUCUGUCAAAAUAAAUUGUUUUCGUUGUUUGAGAAA